GUAUGAUUGGAUUAGAAUCAUUAGCCGAUCCCUCAGAUACCUGGGAAAUUAUAGAGACUAUUGGAAAAGGCACUUACGGUAAAGUCUACAAGGUUGCCAAUAAGAAAGAUGGGAGUUUGGCAGCAGUAAAGAUUCUGGAUCCUAUCAGUGAUGUAGAUGAAGAAAUAGAAGCAGAAUAUAAUAUUUUACAGUUUCUUCCAAAUCAUCCUAAUGUUGUUAGAUUUUAUGGGAUGUUUUACAAAGCAGAUCGUUAUGUGGGAGGACAGCUCUGGCUAGUACUUGAGCUGUGCAAUGGAGGUUCUGUCACAGAGCUUGUCAAAGGCUUGCUGAAGUGUGGCCAGCAGCUGGAUGAAGCCGUAAUCUCAUACAUCUUAUAUGGUGCUCUCUUGGGCCUUCAGCAUUUACACAAUAACCGGAUCAUUCAUCGUGAUGUGAAAGGAAACAACAUUCUCCUGACAACAGAAGGUGGAGUCAAGCUCGUUGACUUUGGUGUUUCAGCCCAGCUCACCAGCACACGGCUGCGUAGAAACACCUCAGUGGGAACACCCUUUUGGAUGGCACCUGAGGUCAUUGCUUGUGAACAACAGUAUGACUACUCAUAUGAUGCUCGAUGUGACGUAUGGUCCUUGGGAAUAACAGCUAUUGAACUGGGGGAUGGAGACCCUCCCUUAUUUGGCAUGCAUCCGGUGAAAACCCUUUUUAAAAUUCCAAGGUAG